UCAAAGGGAUUUGUCAGUACUUCUCUGUUGAAUGGUGGGACUGAUUUUACAUUCCCAUUUCAUGCAAAGAAGCAAGAUUCCCUGCUCCAAGACGCCAAAGACUUUUCACUCUAAAACAACCAGCUGUCCUCCCAUUGCUAGUUUGACCGGUAGUUGGACCUCCAUAGGAUUUCUCCCCAGUGCAAAAAGGCUUUGUUUUAAAGGCAAGUGAGACUGCUUCAAAUAAAACAGCUCCAAGCUUCCAAGAAACAGUUAAGAGAAGGCAGAGACGAACAGAAAUACCCCUUCACUAACACUCACACGGUUGCCAUGGACCUGCACAAGCAGUGCGAGAACACAGAGAGUAACUGGCACAAGGAACAAAUGGAAUUGCUGGACCAGUUUGACAAUGAAAGAAAGGAAUGGGAAAGUCAGUGGAAGAUAAUGCAGAAGAAGAUAGAAGAGCUCUGCCAUGAAGUAAAGCGUCGGAGGAAAAUCAACAUGAGUGAACGUGCUAAGGUCAUUGAUUUUGAUUGUGAGAAGGCCGUUGGAGAUAAAAUGGAAUCUUCUGCAGAUUACCCCAAUUCAGGACAAUGUAAAUUUACAGGGAUACAUCCCAGGGACAUUCUGGGAAAAAAAGAUAAAACAGAGCAGAGUUUACUCAGGGAAAGAAAUCAAGUGUGCAAGGAACAAAAAACAAUCAAAAAAUCAAAAGUAGGGUAUAUGGAUUCUGAAUCCAGAGACAACCAUAAAGAACGUGGUGCCCGGCCUGACUGGAGGACUUCUGAGGCAGAGAACAAGAGCUGCUCUGGCACCCUCAACACAGCUCUUGAAGAACUUGCCAAAGUUAGUGAAGAGUUAUGCAACUUUCAAGAGGAAAUUCGAAAGCGGUCUAACCACAGAAGGAUGAAGUCAGAUUCUUUUCUCCAGGAAGCACCAAAUGUAACGAAUACUCCUCAUGGAGGUCACAUGAUCAACAACAGCCAGUGCAUUCCUUCAACCAGUUUAGAAAACGAGAAGUGGAAAAACAGAAAAAACCUGAGCUGCACCAAUGUUUUCCAGAACAAUUCCAAGAAAAAAGAUGGAGUUGAUACAACCGAUCUGAAAAGAAGUGAAACCCCACCAAUUCCUCCUCCAAGAAGCACAUCUCGAAAUUUUCCCAGCUCAUAUUCUGCACAAGCCCACGAAAGUUGGAAGGAAUGUUUAGACCACAGCAGCGGGGUGGCCCAAGAGGGUCAAGGUGAAAAAAACAGCCACCCUCAUUUCCUUUGGAAGCAUGCUGAGAUGUCUCUGCUGGGUCUAAAUGAAGGGAGGACUCUGAAUGAUGGUAUCACGUGUCCUUCUUUGGCACCAGAAGCCAAAGUAGAUAACAAGCCUUCAUGUAAUGAAAAUGUUGGACUUAGCAUGUGGUUGUGCAACACUGGGGUUUGUGCAAAAAAUAGCCCCUCUACACUGUGGUUUCAGAAAGCCUGCUCUACUCCAGAUAAGCCAAAAUAUGAAAAGGUAAUUCCAGAUCACUCUGCUAAAUCUCCUCCUGAUCUUCAUAUAAGCAAUGACUGUAGCUCCUUAGUGUCACAGAGCAGCAGCCCACUGAGAAGUUUCAGUUAUGGCUUUGAAAAGACUACUGGGAAUGAAAAGCUGGCAAAAAAGACUGAUGAAUUUAACAGAAUUGUAUUUAGAACAGAUAGAAAUUGUCAUGCUGUACAACAAAGUCAAAGCUGCUCAGAACGAUCCGAAGAUCUUCAGCGCUGUGAGACCUUAGCUGCGUGCACAGGCAGCGUCUCAGUCAGUGAUGGUGUUUCUGACGUUCUGAAAGCCAGUGCCCCCAUGCCUGUGCCCAGGGAAAAUGUGCCUGAUAAUUCCACCAAAAACCCCACACCAGGCCAGUUCACACAAACACGGGAGCCCAUAAGCCCUAGCAGUUACCGGAAUAUGCUUCAUGAGCAUGACUGGAGACCAAGUAGUUUGUCUGGCCGGCCAAGGUCCGCGGACCCCAGGUCAAAUUACGGUGUGGUGGAAAAGCUGCUGAAAACCUAUGAGACGUCUGCGGGGUCUGCAUUGCAGAAUUCUAGAUGCUUCCAGGCCAACUGGACGAAAUGUAGUUCUGAUGUCAGUGGUGGAGCCACAUUAGGUCAGCAUUUAGAAAAGCUCCGCAUAGAACAAGAGCUUGAGCACAAGACAGCAAUGCAUGGAGCACAGCACGUGAAGCAAGGGGCAGAUCGGAAAAAGGCAACUGAGGAAUCCAUGGCAGUGAAAUCCUCACCCGGAAAAGGAUUUUCCCGGCCUGCGAGACCAGCAAAUCGCCGUCUCCCAUCCAGAUGGGCAUCUAGAUCUCCUUCAGCACCUCCUGCCUUGCGGAGAACUGCCCGCAGCUUCCCCAUUCCUCUGCGAUCAGAAGCAUCGAUGGUCUAAGCCUCUGGCCUGGAUUGCUAGACUGCGAGAGUCCCGAUUGCCAGACAGAGUGUUCCGAGUGUUUACAGCCACUUCUGUCUCUUCUGUACCUUUCAAGAUUACUGGGACAAUUUAAACCUUAACUUCCCAUCAGUCUUCAGUGUUUUGAAUCUAUGGAGUAAUUAUCUUCCUCUAUUUUGAUUUCCUAGAUCAGAAUUUUUUAAUGCCAUCCUCAUUAAUUUGCCAAUAUGAUUUAAGUCGAAACAGUGUACUAUAUUGUAUAUUCUGACUUUCUUGCAAGUGGCAGAAAGCAAGGUUAUGUGCAUGGCUAUGUGUUUUGUAGGUGCAUGUGUUGAUACAGGAAAUGUCAGUAUGUAUUUAGAGAAGUAAAACUUAUGUGCUAGUGUUGACUUUGAAAUUAUAACGUAUAUACCUAUAUAUUCUUUGUGUUUAUUUAAAAUUUUUUAAAACACACAGUAUCAUUUAUAUUUUUUGUACCUUUUAAUGGGUAUCCACUUAAGGCGUUUGAGGUACAUAUAUUAACUAACCACUUCCUUGGCCCCAACUACAUAGAAAACUAACUAUACAUAUACCUAAGGUUAGUAGGUUUCUACAGCCAACUCAGUUCCUUAACCCAUAUAAGGAUAGACUC